AUGGCGUCCACUCAAUCCAGUACCCAGUCGAACCGGGUCCCACACCCCAAACCAGCCAAGAAUUUACCCGUUCGGCAGCGAGAAUUCCUGUGGGUGGAUUACCAGGAUGAUCGAUCAAAGGGCCGCGAACUACUCCGGUCUAAACAGGCUUUUGUGAGAACACGCCAUCAUCGCUUACGGAGAGAAAAGCAGCAGCAAGGCAACCCCGGACAGUUCUCCACAGGGCACUGUCCACCGUCCCAUACGACCAAUGCCUCAACCCGCUGUGUGUCAAGCGAUAACAGUGAUUCCACCAGUGAUUCCGAGGGCAGUCCAGAGCAGACCUCAGUAUUAGUCCGAUGUCUCGGAGCAGGAGUGCUUGAUGGGGCCCCUGGUCUGGCUUUUAGCCCAAAUCAUAAUCCCAAUCUUUACUUCCAUCAUUAUCCCACGUUGAUGUUGAUAAAAUUGUCGAUCAGUGCAUCACAUCGUGCUGCAAUUCUAACAGCUUCUGGUGCUUCGACGGCAACUGUGCAAAAGCCAACUCAUGAUGCGAUUCGCCUUCGCGUGGGAACUAUCAAGUCACUCCAAUGCAUACUGCAGAAUACAGCCACCAUGUACUCUGAACAAACGGUUUUUAUCAUUUCUCAUAUAAUUGUUUCUGAGGCUUUGGAGGCCAAUAUAGAGGCUGUUGACACCCAUAUAAACGGCAUGAAAAAGAUAAUAGACGCCAUAGGCGGGAUGGAUAUGCUUGACCAUGGAACGCUUGCUAUGGUCUAUUGCUGCCAGUUUUUGCGAGGCAUCAUGAGUGACACAAUGCCGAUAAUUGAUAUGUGUUCGAAAUUCCAAAGUCGAGUCCUCAAAGAGUCCGCUUUCUUCAGAUCCAAGAAUCGCUUCACGGAAAGCUCCUCUCUGGGUAUUCGCUUUUUCACCGCUUCUUGGUCUAGGAAUAUCCACCCUACAUUCAAGUCAAUAAUUUCAUCAUUUCAGCAAAUAAUCUCCUACUAUGAGAGUUUUGCCAAUGUGGAUGUCGAGCCCAUGUCGGUUGAGAACGACUGCUUAUUGUUCUUGGCUUACCGACUAAUAUCUCUCCCACACGAGAUUUCGCUUACGCCCUUCGAAGAGACCUUGCGACUCGGCAUACUGACCUACACGUCCGUCCGGAUUUGGUCAAUAUACGGAAUCCCAUGUCUGGACCGCCUUAUUCAUAUGCUGCGGGAAAGCCUAAUUACGAGUUUCUCUGUUCUUAAGAGUACUGCUCCGGACUUGCUAUUCUGGAUACUUUUCAUUGGCAGUCUUUCGUCGAAGUCCAUGAAGUGUCAUUCCUGGUUUGUUGCACGCCUUAAGGACAUCGCAGAUCAAUUGUCAUUACAAGAAUGGAAUCGGGCUGUCGUGUUGUUGGAGGAAUUCUUCUUUGUGUGUCGGGCUAGUGAUGAGCCGGCAAGGGACUUCUGGCAUUCUACCUUCCAAUCAGACCUUCUAAUUAUCCAGGAACACCGGAAAUGA